CAAUUCUCUACUCAUGAAACAUGGUCGACGAUAUUAUCUUACUAUAUUCACAAUUGGGUUCUUAGCUCUUCUGCGCACACACCAGGACUAAUUAUGGAGGCUGUUGCGGCAGUCGCCAGCAUUGCUGGAAUCAUCGGCCUUGUUGGCCAAGCGCUGAAUGGGAUCAUCAUUCUACGCGGAUUCUUCCAAAGCUGUGCCUCAGAGUCGCACGCCAUUCAAAGAUUCUUGAAACGACUCAAUGACUUGAUUCAAAUUAUUGAACACGCGAGAGAUUUGAUGAUAAAGCUGAGCAGUGCCCCACCAAAGAUCGUGCCAGAGUCUAUCCUAGCCUCGUUACAAAUCCAACUUGACGAUUGCAAUAAAGAUGUGUACGGAUGGCUAGCGAUUGCUAGAGAGUGCCUGCCAGCAUCAAAUGCGGGAACGAAGGCAGCUUUCAAGAAGUUCUUAGUUGCACUUGAGAGGCAAAAGAUGACGGAUAUCUACAUGGAGAUUUCGGUUCACAAAGAUAAUACUAUGACGAAGUUGUCUGUAAUUGGAAGAUGCUUUGAUAUUGACCAGUCCGCAACCUUGGAAGCGCUCUGUGAAAGGUUGAAAGUAUGGGACGGCAUGGAACAAUCGAUGCAACUCGUGAAUGGAGGCAAGCAAGAGACCAACUCCUCAAUUCAUGAGACUAUGUCCCAGGCUGGUAGCUCCUCGCUAGCAAGCAUCGCAGAAAGUCUCUCUAGGAUUGAAAACACGAUAGGGGAUUUUAUCGGGCCGAGUAAGUCUAGAUACGGCUCACCAUCGGCGUCCAUUGGUAGUCUCGAUUCUGCAUCUGUAUCAGGAGGGCGUGGGCGUGGAUGGGGCUCUGAACCAAGUCAAUAUUCGACUUCUACGUCCCCUCGUAAUCGUGAAAGCGUCUCUUCCAUCUCAGAACGGAUAACGCAGUCGCUGCUGGAUGCUCGAAGCCCACUGAGUGAAUCUCGAUAUUCAGCAGCAAGCCAGGACGGUGCACCAAUCGCUAACUAUUAUGAAGCUCAUCAGCAUUCUCCACAGGAUGGCUGUCUGGGUGUUCAUUAUAAUCAGUCGACUCAAAUGUCCCGCAGAGGAUUCAUCCAGGAGACAACAAAGUACAUUGAUCUCAUCCUCCUAGCAGAAGCCAUCAUUUCGAAGAUCAAACUAUUCAAGUCAGCACCAUCAUUCUUCUUCGGGCUUUCCGAUCAGAUAUUACAAGCUGAGAUCGACUCGCUCGAAGACCAACUUUGCACAAUCCGCUCCGAAGCAACGGUUCUUCAGAUUGCUUGUUGGAGAAGAGGAUUAAACACAGAGGACCUUGACUCCCAUAUGGCUGAAUGUCGAAAGUCUGGGUCAGAACUUCCAGAUAUGAGUGGUGAUGUCCCAGCUAAGGAGAGGAGUGGCCCAGCACCAGCAGGCAAAAACCUUCGCCUGAACACAUUGAAGAUAGACGCGACUCGGCACGAUCGAAUCAAUAUGUGGUUGCUCAACAAUCUCGAGGCAUCUAAGAAAGAGAUGAGACGCCAUCGUUCGUUCCUCCCAAAUUCCGUGACUUUGGAUAAGGAGCAGUGGGCGCGCAUGGUAUUGAAGUUUUGGCUGUUGGAUGAAGCGGCAGUUGGUCCUGAGGACGAGUGUUUCUCCUCCAUCGGUGCCGUGGAUAGUGAUGGAUUGUGCCAUUCAGAGAGAGUCUUGUUUGAAGUAGAGAAUCCUACCUGAAUGAUUUUGCCCGACGGUGUUGAUAGCGAUUUACUAUACAUAUG